AUGUUUAGCAUGCUUCAUUUUGGUCGACUUCUAGCCUUCGCAGCACGAGUGGAAUUACCGCAACUCCCUUAUGUGGAUGAAGGAGAAUACGAUCUUACACAAGCAAUGUUGUACAUGUUCUCUGUGUGCUCGGUAACCACGUCGUUUUCCUUGAAGAUAAUUGCUCAGGAUACGCUCUUGGAUACUGGAAGCAAGCAUUACAGCAGUGCUUUCGUUAUUAACUCGGAAUUACUGCACACAAUAGGAAAUGUUGUCGUAGUUUGGAAUCUCUGCAAUACCAUCUGUGCCUCCUUCAUCCCGCCAGUCGCAUCGAGCAAGAUAAUAGCCACUCGUCUUCCGCCAAUAGCCCCCGUAUGCCUCCUGAUGGAUCUCGUCUCUUUCGUGGCCAUGGUCGUCCUCUCGGCAUUGUGCUACGCAUCGCUCUCCCCAUUAGCCACUAUCAUGAACGGGACCCUGUCAUGGGCUCAGAUAAUAAACGAAAGCCGAAGCAUUCUUGCAAUGGCCGUAGGAUUAUUUGCUGGAUGUUGUCAAGGAUCAUUAGCAAUCAGUCUCAUUUCAACGUAUUCUUCCGAGAAAGAACGAGCUGAAGUAAUGCGAGGAUUGGACCAGGAUGGUUGGCUGAGGUACUUGGACAACUUCCAGCAAACGGACCAUGACCUAGUAGCAUUCUUGAAAAUCCCAGCUUUAUCAGAGAAAGUUCGAGAUCGCAUCGCCUCGAAAAUAUACAAUCUACCACAAGACGAUUCUUGCAGAUGCAAUCGAUGGAAUAGAAUCAGAAGAUACCCAUUGGCCAAAGAGGAGCUCGAACGAUACCGAAGUGAUCAGAAAGUUAUUCUUCAUGGUCUAUUUCCGCCCACGGUGAGCGAAGACCUCGAGCUCGGAAUUCCUCAAUAG